GACUUCCGGUUGUAGCCCGCACCCGGAAGACGAAGACAGAAUGCGAGUUGUUCAAGCGCUUGACGCCUCAUCCAUAUGCUACCCCCCAAAACACGUUUUCAUGUGAAUUUCCUUUUUUUUUUAAAUGCUCUUAUCAAUUCCCACGAUGUUAUCAUUUGAUUUCCUUGAUGACGUGCGUCGCAUGAACAAGCGACAGCUCUAUUACCAAGUGCUAAACUUUGGUAUGAUAGUUUCAUCGGCUUUGAUGAUCUGGAAGGGUCUGAUGGUGGUCACUGGCAGCGAGAGUCCCAUCGUUGUCGUUCUCAGUGGUAGUAUGGAGCCGGCUUUCCACAGAGGAGACCUUCUCUUCCUCACCAACCGCGUGGAGGAGCCCGUCCGGGUGGGAGAAAUCGUGGUCUUCAGGAUAGAAGGCCGAGAGAUCCCAAUAGUACACAGAGUCUUAAAACUUCAUGAAAAGGAAAAUGGAGACAUUAAGUUCUUGACCAAAGGGGACAAUAACGCUGUGGAUGACCGAGGUCUAUACAAACAGGGACAAUUCUGGCUGGAGAAGAAGGAUGUGGUGGGACGAGCGCGGGGGUUUGUGCCAUACAUUGGAAUCGUCACCAUCCUCAUGAACGACUACCCCAAGUUCAAAUACGCCCUUCUCUUCGUGUUGGGUCUCUUCGUGUUGAUCCACCGGGAGUGAAGUCUAUGUCCAGGAAAGAGAAGAAGAAAAAAAAAACAACCCACACGCAAGUCAUGAUGCCUCUAAUACAGCAAUUAACUUUCGCUCUGUCCAAUUUUUCUUUUUGUACCAUUUGUUAGAGCAUUUUUUAAGAGUGGGAAUAGCUUUAAGAUAUUUUUGUGAGGGAACAAGACUAUUAUUAUUUUCUCAUGGAGAAUUCUUAAACAUUGUUUAAGCACUGUUUUUUCUUGUCCACUUAUUGUCUUUGGAAAAAACAGAUGUGAAGUAUUUUAUGACAGUACAAACAUUAAAUAUGGAAUCCGGUUACCAUCCAAUAUAA